AUGGAGGAGACAACGCCAGAGCCGGAGUUCGUGGACGUGGACCAGGGUCUGACUCUGAUGGGUCUCGCCUUCCUCUGCCUGCUGCUGGUGGCCAUGAUCAUCCGCUGUGCCAAGGUCAUCAUGGACCCGUACAGCGCCAUCCCCACCUCCACCUGGGAGGAGCAGCACCUGGACGACUAGCACACCCGGCUACGGUGCUUCUCAAUCCAGGAGAAACGACCACAUAAACACAGACUCACCAAAAUACUGAAGCACAUCAACUCAAGACGUUCUGAAGUUCCUGAUCUUUAGCACCAGGACCAGAGCGAGGGGUUUAGCACAACUGGAACUGAAUCCGCUCGACUCUGAACGAGCUGUGGGACAGAGGUGGAGUCUCACAGAGAGCUGUAUGGCGUACGGAGAGUCACGCUGUACCUAACAAGCCAUAUAAGGUCAUGUUUGCAGCAGCAGUGAGGAACCCCGCGGACCUUCGGACGUAAACGUGAGGUCACACCGAGCUUUAAUAAAACAUGGACUUCAGGACCACGCCCACGUGCACGCCCAUGGUUCCUCAGUGUGUGUACAAUGCAUGUUAUUAAGUGCCUCAGUCACAGUCAUGCUCCCGAUUCGCUUCGUUCGGUUUUUAUACACGAGCCGCAGCACAAAAAUCAGGAAGAAGAGGAAGCACGAAGCACGAAGCUGAUUAGAAUACUGAACGUUUCUCCUGUUUCUGCUCACGAUGCUAAUAAAACUAACGAGGAUUUUCAUGA